AUGCCCGUGAGGAGGACGGUGCAAAACCAAGCGCAAACUCUGAACGCAGCGCAGCGGCAGAGGCCCAUCUUCGCUCGCAGGGGGCAGUAUGAGAGACAGCAGAUACAUGUGCCCGUGAGGCCUAAACUCCCGGUGCGUCCCGCUCCUCCCAAACCCGCCCUGAAGCCCCUGAGCCCGCGCUGCUCCCAGCUGACCCAGAGCUGCCUGCCCCAGGACGGCUGCUGCGACGCCUGGGCCUCCUGCCACUGCCACUUCUUCAACGCCAUCUGCUUCUGCCGCCGCACCACCCCCAAACACAUGCUGGGACACUACGGCCAGACCUGA